CUUGGAGAAUUUUGACAGAAUUCAGAAAUGGAUCUGAUUUUCUCAGAUAAAGAUGUCCCUGUAAAGAAAGAUAUCACGUAUCUUACAAUUGAAAAGUUUUCCGACAUGACUGAUGUGUCAGUAGAGAAAACUUUACGCAGAAUCAAUAUCGUUUUGAAUAAGUUUCAGAAAGUGAAAAGCAUUCCUCAACUACUCCAACUCACUCCUUUUACACUUGAAAAGAAUCCGAAACUAGCUCCAAAAUUUACCAAUUAAACUCAAAAACCCUGUGUUCUAUAUGUGCUAAAAAUAGUUUCGAAAGUUCAGUUCCUCCACUGUGCAUCGUCGUAAAACGUAACCAGUGUCCUGGAAAAUGUUACUAUUCUAGCGGAAAGUAACUUAUUUUUGGAACGAGUUGUCAGCUUAACGCUGCUGCACCACUAAACAUGCUUUCCUGGUGCUAUAAAUAGUGUGAUCGAGUAAAAUAGUAUUUAUUUCGUUGAACAAAUUGUACUAACAUGCAUUACGCACAUUUCAAACCGAGUUGGAACCAUACGGAGGCAAGCAAUUCGUUUUUACGUAAACCUAUAAUCUAUGUCCGGAAAGCACACAUAUCCACAGCUUACAUCAUCACCGUCAACGGGUUUCGAUCGAUGUUUUUUGGGGCUGUUAAAUAUUUGAAUCGUAACCAACGGCAGACACAGUUUUCGGCAAGGCAGAUACAAUUCCCCAAAAACCUGUUUUCUCCCACCGGGACCCAACCGGGAGAGUUGGGUGUGAAAAUUGAAUAAUCCCAGCGCUUUAUGCUGAUGCUUCCCGGUUCCGAUUCCGAUUGGAAGCUUCCGCAAGAGAUGGAGGGGAAAAAUAGGUUUUAUGCAGACGAAGUUUUUUUUCUCCACAAUCUCGCUCUUCUCAAUCAAUUCCAUCGCCGAUCGAUUUCAUCCUCACAACGGCAUAAAGCUUUGUUGUGGUAUUUAGGAUGAUUACAAAAUUAUUUAUCAGCAGAGAAGAAAAAAGAAAAGACCCUGAUAGACAACAUAACACAAAGGAUGGCUACAACCGUUAGCUCUGUUUCACACACUUUCUUAUCGAUAGCGACGGAUCGGAAAUGGUAAUGCAACCGAAACCGAUUAUGUUGCGAGAGGCCUCAACUUUGAAGCGAAAGCGAAAGGUUCACCAUUAGACGACGUUUGACGUAACAAGUGAAUAUGUGGUUCGGUGGCGUGCGGCCACCGUCUCACGAACAGGUCAGUAAUGGAAGAAUGUUUCGGAAGUGUUUUCGAUAGAGCUUUUUGGUGGUCACAAAGUUAUUACCUAAGGUCGUUUUCCACGGCGUGGAUCCCAAAGGGCUGGUUUUUUUUUGGUUUUGUUUUCCAACAUUUCUUGUUAAAAUUGAGCAGUUCUCUCGCGUGUCUAUACCGCACAGGAAGCUAAGAAAUGGUCACGUACGACCAUUUUAACCCGAUGGGAAACGAUGAUGCUGGAAAUCGAUACGGAAAAGGAUGAUUGAGUAAUCGGCCGAUAGGGUCACUAGCAGUGUCAAGCGGUGAAUUUUUUGUCGGAAACCAUUCAACCGUUUUUUUAGGGGUUGAAUGGUACAACCCUCUUGGGCAUUGAAGGCGUAGGACGAAUUUACCAAACGAUGUGCUAACAAAUCUUUCGAUAGAUUUUAUUGCCUCCAAUCAAAGAUCCAGUGGGGACCGACGAAAUAAGCCCUAGGAAAAGGGAAAGAAAGAGAGUUUGGUUGACCAUUUCUUGAACGCACCUGAAUGCCCAGUUUUGUGGUCGCAAUACUUUCCUUGCAUUCCACAACCGAUGUCCAUCCGGCAGAUGAAAUAAACUUUCUCGGCAUCGUUGCGAAAUUUAAUCAAUGGCUUACCAACGAGAAGGAAUCUGGCGAAUUCUAGUUAUUUUUCUGCACAAACGGUGAAGGGUCACCACCACGGGAAUGUUGUUAACUGGAUCAAGCACCACAAAUUAACAUUGUUUCCCAUGUCUAGAAGCUCUGGACGCGGUGAAUUUUCUUCAUCCCCUUUUUGGGCGGGGAGAAACAUUCCUACAAACAGCUUGAAACACUUUCCCCCAUCCGGUUCAGGCCGAAAAGUAAUAAUUUUUCUUCCCGCGUACCAAUUUCCACGCUUAACCACCCGUUAACCGAUCCGUGGUGAGCGGUUUCUGCCCAGGUCAGGUGUGGCGGUUUGGGAUUUGUUAAUAGUCGGAAAAUUGGAAUUUCGUUGAUGGAGACAAAAUAAAUCCGUUUGAUUGCACUCGCACUGGGAUGGAGAUUGGAAGGGAAAACGUCAAAAUUGAAUUUAGUGGAUUUUUUUGAGCUGAAGAAUUGAAGGUACUCUCGAUUCUAGGCCAGUAUGUCUGCCGGUUUGUAGUUGCUUUCGACUAAAGAAAAGUCUUCUUCAAUCAUUUUUUUAAUGUUUUUAUGCUAAACGGAAGAACUUCCGUGUUUUCCAGUCGAUGUUUUCAUACCGUUUAUUUAAGAAAAAAAUCCCAUUAUUCUCUCUCAAAGUGUGUUAUUUUGAAGAUACUUUUUAUGCAGCAAAACUUUUAUUUCAUCAAACACUUUUGCAAUGAUUAUAGAGCGCGGCUUCGCUCUGAAUUUCUGCUGCGAAAAAUUUAAUUACCUAAACAGCACUACAAUCCGCAAUCCGUGUUUACUUCUCUUGUUCGUCUAAUCCCCUAUCUGCAUCUCUAAGAACAGUAAAAGCUUGCGAUGGUUGCUAACCUUACCGAAAAGCUCCGUCUAAUAUCCUGUGCGUGUGCGUUCUUACCAGAAAAAUCCCAUUUUUACCGAAUAAGCGCAUAAUUCCUUGCCGUGAAAAAUUUUCUUUUAAUCCAUCCGUUGUUGGUUUUUUUAUAUAUUCCGUACCAUUUUAGUUUCACCCCAAACAGAAGAUGCCUUAACCCGGCGGCUGUUGUUGUGGUAAGUAAAAUAAUGCGGAGAAAAAUCAUUACCAGAACCGGGGGACGAACUUCGGUGCUACGAGCAACAUUCGCCAUAAAGAAAAGUGCAAAGUUUCGCGUGUGAAGCAUCAUAUCAAAUGCGCUUUCAUUUACCAACAUGACGUAGUUUCGCGGCAGUGGACGAUAUCGCUGGUGUGAUAAAUAACAAACGAACAGCAACGAAACAGGCGGAAAAAGAUGUCUAGUCUCAGUGCAAGAUUUUCCCUCGCGUCGUAAACAUUCCGUUCGAGAUUCAGGUCCCUUCCGGCCACCAUGGAAGUAUUCAUUCAGGAGUUCUCCAUUCCGAAGCAUCAAAUCCGGGAAACCGAGUGCCCGAAUCGGUUCGUGCUGCUGGUGCACAAAUCCUGGCUGCAUGCCCUCAGCCAAGGUAAGGUGCCCAAAGAGUUUCCCACCUAUGGCCUGGCCGAUGCACUCGAAUGGCCAACGGAAAACGAAACGGGACCAUGGAGCAGAAUUUAUGCAGCCGUUUAUAAAAAACAAAACUGCAAUGUGAUACCACUGCCGAAAAAUAAGCAUUUGCAUGGGACGACUGGUUCCGGAUCGAACGAUCUACUGCUCUCGCCCUUAGGUAGCCCCGGGGAUGGCGAAGAUCCACUGCACUAUUCACAGUUGCUACAGUACGUUUCUAACACUAAUCAUAAAAACCUGUGGAAAGCAGCGUACCGUAAAUAUGGCGCCUCUCGACCCGGUAACAUUCCUGCCGGAGCAAACUCCAGCAAUUCCGUCAGCAGUGCAUUCAGCGAACAGCGCGAUCUACAUUCCGUUAUCAACCACAGUACAAAUGGCAAAAAAGUACCAAAUGCCAGUGAUAUUGCUGGGACUACUGGAAAUCACAUAUCAUCAGCGGCAUCGACAGCAUCAGCCCCGGGAACACCGGCAAGCCAGGCAGCAGCCUUGCCACACGAUGCCGUCUUUCGGGAAGUGCUGGCACGGGCAUUUGGUUGUCCGGUGUUGCAAAACAUUACAGGCAAAGAAGAAUAUGCGGGACCACAGACCCCUUCGAUACCACCGGGUGCGGACGGUCAGUUGAGCAAUGCGAAUCUAUUUCCGGUGCUCGCGACCAUUGAAACUGGAGGCGCGUUUUACGUUAUAUACGAUCUCUAUCUGGCAAACAACUUGCUCGAUUGUGUAACCUACAGUCCAGCGAUCGUGGAACGAUCGUUCAAUAAGCCCUUGUUCAUCGUGUACCAGCUGCUGCAGUUGAUGAAAAGUUUCCACGAUUGUGGUCUAAAUUUGGGUGACGUUAGUCUGAAGGACAUCUACACGACCGAGAAUCUGUGGAUACGAGUGAUGCCAAACCUGGAAGUGAAUCUCCUCGAAUACGACGAAGAGCUGAUGCGUCAGAUCGGUGAGCUUAGCAUCACGAAUAUCGUACCUGCGACGGGACUGAUGCGCAUCAGCAUGACCAAGGAACUCACCAUGAGCUACUCGCUGAAGGAGUAUUGCGAAAUGUGGUGCCACGGGCAGCUGUCAAACUUCGACUACCUUACCAUCCUCAACAAUAUGACCGGUCGACGGGUGGGUUGUGCUGAAUACCACCACAUCAUGCCGUGGGUGACCGAUUUUUCAUCCCGCUCUGGGCAAGCAUGGCGCGAUUUGAAGAAAUCAAAGUUUCGCCUCAACAAAGGUGACGCACAGCUCGAUCUCACAUUUCAAGCUGCAGCAACGCUGGCCGGGUCUGGUGUGCACGACCGCACAGGCAUGUCAUCGGCCGCUAUUCCUCACCAUGUGUCCGAUGUACUGUCGGAGAUUACGUACUACGUGUACAUGGCACGCCGAACGCCAAAAGCUAUACUUUGCAAACAUGUCCGCCCGAUCUGGGUGCCGGCCGAAUAUCCGGCCACAAUUCAGCGCCUGUUCGAGUGGACGCCGGAUGAAUGCAUUCCUGAAUUCUUCACGGAUCCGUCCGUGUUUAAAAGCAUCCACGAAGAUUUACCCGAUCUGGAAAUUCCGAGCUGGUCCAGUUGCCCGGAAGAUUUCGUGCUAAAGCAUCGUGAGCUACUGGAAAGCCAGUACGUGUCUGAGCGGCUUCAUCACUGGAUAGAUCUUACGUUCGGUUACAAACUGACCGGUACGGCUGCUAUACGUUCCAAGAAUGUUUGCCUCUCACUGGUUGAUAAACAUCAAAACCUCUGCCACCGGGGCGUAGUUCAAUUGUUCGCCUGUCCUCAUCCAUUAAGGCAGUUCCCGACAGCUUGGAAUGGUAAAACACCUCCCCGAUUGCAGCAUCUGCAGCAUGAAACAAAUCGCCGCCUAACGCGCAGCACCGAAGACCUCACGAGAUAUCCCCAGUUGAACGAUGGCGCGUCUACCGUAUCCACUAUGCAACGCGAUCGUUCACCAGCUACCGGUCCCGGGCCGGCUUCCUAUCGACAUUCUACGCAGAACCUUCAGCAGCAGUAUCACGUCCUCAAAUCGUCCGAAUCGAGCUACCACAUUAACCACCUGCAGCCCAAAUCGCCAGGUACAAUUAUUCUACCAAAGAGCUAUAACCCGAUCGCUCAACUGACGGCUGUAGAAAGUCUGGGCACGUUUCGUCGAAAGGUGUUCCACUCGGGUAUUGGUGGCGAAACGGGUAAACAGCCAGACGAGUAUGAUCUCUGGUGCUCGCGGAUGGACGCACGACCAACCUUGCUCGGCGGCAAUGCAUUUGUGAACAGAAUUUUUAGCGAAACGUACGAACGAACGAUAGGUAAAGAGCGGCCUGGAGCAAUGCCCAGGCAAUCAUUCCCAUCGCUACAGCAGCAAGCGAUCGCCGCCCGUCAGAAUCUCAAGCAAUUGUUGCUACAGCAGCGUACGAAAGAUCUCAAAGUGGUCGGGUGUCUAGUGGUGGAAUUAUUCCUUGCCCCGAAGCUAUUACCUUUGGGUAGCUGUCUGCGGCAGGAAUUCGACGAGCGGCUGGAUGCUUGUACGAGACUGGUUACCGAUGAACCGAGAGCACUUCCAUCCUGUUUGCUUCCGAUCGUGCGCCAACUACUCGGACUGGAGGAAAACCCGGAACUCUCGGGAGUGACCAAUCGGGGCCUGCCGCCUCCUACACCCCAUCAGUACUUGCAACCACUGCUUGCAAAUCUGCUCAUCCCAUUUCCAGCGCACUAUCACCGUCUCUAUCAGACGGUGCGUGCCUUACGGGCCUUUGACGAGUGUCUACAGUUGCUGGAGUUGCAAACAUUCUUCGAGUGUGAUGGUAAAAGCUGCUCACGAUAUGCCGCGCUCGAUCGAACUCGCAUCGAGUACCGACGAUUAAUCGCCGAAUGUAAGGUAAAUGCCUGCGUCGCUCUCGCCGAUCCACUGCUACAACCUAGCGGACACAGGGAACAGUUCUCCGCAGUAGAAUUACUUCUGCCCCAUAUCGUUGAGUUGAUUCUACACGAUGACACCUCGAUUCCGGCCGCUUGGAACUUGUUUGAUGCAAUAGCCACCACACUGGGUGUUCGGCGGACGCAGACAUCUUUGCUACAGCCGAUACUUGCACUGUACGAUUCCGAUGAGAUGGAUACGGCUGUCGGGUCAUCGAGGCCGCAGGGUGGCACGGGUGGAGGUAAGGACGGAGCUGCGUUCGGUGCCAAUGGGAUGAUGAUGAUGAUGGCUCCCGGCGAAGGAGAACCCUCCUCGUACCUGAAGUUUACACCUCGAAACACUUCGUUCAAGUCGAAAAAGUCGGUCAAGCUGUACCAUCACAGUUUCCUGCUCAAGUUGAUCGUACGCUUUGGGUUGCGCUGCUUUCUGGAACACUUUGUCGUGCCCCUUAUCGAAGCGGUCGGUGGUUAUCGGGACGGUGACUUUAACCAAUCGUAUCACGUACACGAACCCGUCUGGCCCUUUGGCGGGGAGUUCCGCAAGUCACGUUCGUAUCGGAGCUUUAAGCUUCACAAUACCACCACCGUUGAAGAUGGUGCUAACGAAGCCGAUCCUGCAUCCUUGUCCAACACGCUCGUAUCACCCAAUUGUUCCGAUCGAACAAUUUCACCAACGGUCGCUGGUCGACCCGGAUACAAUCCGCUAGACGAGGAGGAACUGCUGUCGGUCGACACACCGACUAGUGCGGCGAAAAUGCGCGACAACGAACAGAUGUUUGCGUUCGAUGAAGAUCCACAGGCAAAGAGACGAUCGACCAUCACACUCGAGGAUGACGAUGCGGUGGAGCAUGCAAUGCGCCGUAUCAUAGAUGACGAAGAGCUCGAAUUGAAACUGAAUCACUCGCAGGCAGAGGAAGCAUUUGAAGAUGUGAUAGCAGCAGGACAAAGCAGUGAGCUAAAGUCUCCCACCAUUCCCAUACCUCCGACACCUUCCUUCCGGCGAAGUAUUGAGUUCCACUCGAUAGGGUGUGAAAUCGGUAGCAAAAAGAGCAUCGAUUCAGGGGAGUUCCUUUCGAAGACGCCAGACAUUACGCCGGGAGGUAAAGAAGGAACACCUGCCACCGCUGGAGCUUCAACGGCUAACGAAGGUCGCCGUGAAUCUUUGGCCGGAACAAGUUUGUUGAACCGUUCGAAAUCUACCGACUCUAACAAGACGCGUUCGAAUCGCAUCUCGGAAAUGAGUUCCGAGAGCAUUAUCUGGUUAUCGCACCGACUAGGUCCGGUUCUGACCGCUCGCUACCUUUCCCGGAAUCUGUUGAAGAUGCUCACACUCUGUUACAUCGGUGCGGAGAAUCUUUUCCCCAGUGCCGAUGGUACCCAUUCGAAUCGUUCAUCGCCGACAGCCAGCGGUGGUCCGACGGGACUGAACCAUUUUUCCAUCACGGAAGGGUGUGUUGUAGGCGAUGAAGCAGCCCUACGCGUUAUCGACUGUCUAACCUCAAUAUCGGCCCUGUUUGGGGAACAUUUCAUUUUGGUGCAAUAUCUACCACACAUUAGCGAGGUGAUCGCACUUUGCCGGAAGCGGAUUACACCAACGCUAGAAGGAGGACUUAUCAGUGCGCUGCAGCUGCUCAAAUGUCUAAUACCAUACCUCAACGAUUCGACCGUGAUGGAGCAACUACCGGAGGUGUUUUUACGCCAGAUUUUGCAUCCGGCCGUGCGUUUGCUCGAAUCCUCCAAGUAUACCAUGCCGAGCGGUUUUCUGGCACGAUCCGUGCUUUCUCGCAAGCUCAUCGAUGCUCUUUACGUUAUUUCGGUGCGCAUCGGGCGUGAAAUGACGCGCGAACACAUAUGCGUACCGGGAUUGCAACGGUUUUUCCUCAUCUUUGACAAAGCGUACGCACGGCAGCAGGAACACUUUUCUUCGAUCAUCGCGGAAACGACGCAAGUAGAUCCACCGUUUGGAAGCUUUACACCGCCGGGUGUACUGGGGAGUGUCACCGAUCACGUCCACGGUCAGGGUAAUUCCCGUGCCAAAGCGAUGGAAGAGAUACGGGAUGUGUUUACGCCAAAUCUGGCAUAUUUUACCUUCAUACCGUUCCUGAAUUAUCUUGGCCAACAGGAUAUGAGUCGCUGCGUAACCAACUUGCCGCUUAUUCUGAAUCUCUGCCACGAGCACGAACAGAUGGAUUAUGGACGAUCGGGAGGCAACACCUCCGGCGAUCAUGGUUCGUUGCACCCGGGUACAACCGCAACGGACGAAGAGCAAAUGGAUUCACUGAACUGCUCCAACAGUUUCGGUUCGAACAUCGUCGGAAAUCGUAUUGAAUCGUCCACCGGUACCGGAUCGGGAAGAAUAGAGCAUAAAGAUCUGCUCGGCUUGGUUACGUACCGGCUCGAUAAUGUUAACAGUUCGCGCAAUCUGCGCGGUAACUGGCUGGCCUAUUGGGAACACGAGAUUGGACGAUCGGAAAAGGACACUCGGUUCAAUUUGAAGCAGAUCAAGCUGCAAACGUACACCGGCCAUUCGAACUCGAUCAAAGCAGUGCUAGCGUUGGACAAUGAGAACAGCUUCAUUUCGGCGUCGAAGGACAAAACGGUGAAGCUUUGGUCGCUACGCAGUGAAGGUGACGGUUCGAAGGUAUCCUCUUGCCAGUUUACGUACGCGAAUCAUCGCAAAUCGGUACACUCGUUAGCGUUCCUUGAAGCGCUUAGGUUAACGAUUUCGUGUGAUUCCGGUGUACAUCUGUGGGAUCCAUUCGUGGGUGCCCAAAUUGGUCAACUAGACGUGCCGAAACAUUCGCCAGUUUCGGUGGUAAAGACCUUUCCCUCGCCCAACUGUCUUGUGUUGGCUGGAACGGCUGACAGCACCGUCAAGCUGAUUGAUGCACGCACCUUCAGUUACUGUCACGAGUGGAAGGUAGCAUUAACGCCCGCCGGCACAGUCCGCACGAUCGCCGUCGCACCAAGCGCAAAUUGGGUGGCGGUUGGACUUACCUCCGGCCACAUUGGCGUGCUGGAUGCGCGAACGGGUGGUAUCAUAUCGUCUUGGCGGACGAACGAUAACGAUCUGCUACAAUUAUUAGCACCGAACGAUGGUCAGCUUGUCAGUUCAAGCCUUGACCAGAUGAUAGGUGUGUGGAGUCCCAACACGGGACAUCUGCAGUUCCAUAUGAGAAAUCGUCCCGAACCGGCCCACUGCAUGGUAAACAAUGGACCGGAAUUGAUCGUAGGCACACCGACAAACCGGAUCGGCGUGUACAGUGCAAUCGAGCCGGACUCACCCUACUCGUACACCAAACUCCGCUCCGAAACAUUCCGCGGAGUGUUGACGAGUUUUGCCCUGUUGCCACUCAACCGGAUGAUGCUCGUCGGUGGUGACAAUGGUACCAUUACGCUAUUAUGUUAAGAUCUGACCGGAAAUAGCUGCUUAUCAGUAGUGAUAUUAUUACCAAUAGCCCAUAGUUAAACGACGUCCUAUUUUUGGGAAGUAAGUAGUUUCUCUAGCGAAGAUGCAAUACAAGUAAAGUUUUGCGCGCGUGUGUGUGUGUUUUUUAGUAUGUACAUUUGUGUUUUUGGUGUUUUGUUAUAGAAAUGUGUUUCAAACCCCCCCCAAUAAACUGUAUUCGAAUAACUGA